UGGAGACACCGUGCGUAAUGUGCUGGUGCUGUGAAUAUUCGUAUUGAGUCGGUUUAUUCAUUGAAAUCCUGUCUUUUUGAAAACUUUGGGGAGGUUGGCUUGUUUUUGGUUUAACCUUUUUCCACAUCUGAUGUGUGAUCCCUGGGCAACAUGGCCUCCCUGGUCUCUGGUGGGCGUCCUGUUCAGUCUCCAUCGGCUCUCCCGACCAGACCCACUGCUGAUGUGUCUGUGUAGUCUUUAGUUUACAGUCGGGCUGGAUCAUUUUGUCUGUGAGGCAUUAUGAUACUGGACUCAGUGGAAUGUGAGUUGUGAGGUUGGUACUGUGAAUCCAACAUGGGGGUGAAGAAGGAUGGAGGAGGAGGAGAGCCGUGGUCUUCUCCAGGAGCCUCCUCUGCUCCCUCCAACUCUGCCUGCUGCAGAAGCACCCUGAUAGCCUUCCUCCUCUUCUUCCUCGUCAUCGGGGUCUUUGUAGGGCUGCUUAUUGCUUACCUGGUGCAGGAGCAGCAUUAUUUCAUGGAGACAGUGGAGCUGAAAGGUCUGAAGUAUGAUCCAGUUCUGCAGGAUGAGAACUCUGGUUACUCCAUAGUACUGACCUCAGUUUUAAAGUCCAAGAUUAAAAAUGUCUUCACUGCCUCAUCGAUAUCACAUCACUACGUUGAUUGGAGUAUUGUUGCCUAUGGUAACAUUAAUGGUGACGUGAUGGCAACAUUCAGACUGGUCUUCAGGGUGUCCAAGAUCCAGCAGUAUUCAGACAACUUCAUUCAGGACUUGCUGAGAGCGGGGCUCAGCUCAGUAAUGCAUGGGAAACCACUGGAGGUGCCAGAAUUUGGAGAGAUCAACGCUAUCAUCUUACUGGGAGCCAGUGGGAAGUCGUUUUAUGCUAUCGGAGAUGAGAUGAUAGCCAGGUGUCCUGACAACACCUUCACUUGUGACAAUGGAGAAUGCGUCACCAAAUUGAAUCCAGAGUGUGACUUUGUCCCCGACUGUGCUGAUGGAUCUGAUGAAGCUCGUUGUGCCUGUGGUACACGUCCCGCUAUGGGGAGUCGAGUGGUGGGUGGUGAGGAUGCUCGGCAAGGGGAGCUGCCAUGGCAGGUCAGUCUGAGGUACCAUGGACGCCACACCUGUGGAGCCUCCAUCAUCAGUGAACGCUGGCUGGUCAGUGCAGCUCACUGCUUUGAGAGGGACAACGACCCCACAGAGUGGACGGCCCUGGUCGGGGCCAGACUAGUGAGCGGCGAGGAGUCCGAGUCCACAACGAUUAACAUCAAGUCGCUGGUCGUGUCUCCAGACUACAACCCAGUGACCACUGACAACGACGUUACUGUGCUGGAGCUGGAGACCCCUCUCACCUUCAGCUCUUACAUCCAGCCUGUCUGUCUGCCCUCCACGUCUCAUGUGUUUGCCCCCGGACAGAGCUGCGUGGUGUCAGGGUGGGGCGCACUUCACCAGUACAACCCGGCGGUGCCUCCCACACUGCAGAAGGCGGUGGUGAAAAUCAUCGACUCCAAGGUGUGCAAUAAAUCCUCUGUGUACAGAGGAGCUGUUUCUCACAACAUGAUGUGUGCCGGAUUCCUGCAGGGCAAGGUGGACUCAUGUCAGGGUGACUCUGGAGGGCCUCUGGUGUGUGAGGGGGCCCCAGGGAGGUUUUUCCUGGCUGGGGUGGUGAGUUGGGGUGUGGGCUGUGCCCAGAUCAACAGACCUGGGGUUUAUUCCCGCGUCACCAGGCUCCGCAACUGGAUUCUUAGCCACACAGAUCCCAGCUUGGUUCAUGAUUACACCCUUUAUGCUCCCACUGUGCCAGUUACUGUGACGGGAGGAAGCUUUCAGAAUCCGCCAGUACCCAGGACCAUAGCCAUGGAUGUGUCCUCUGCACCAACACUACCUGUCUUGAACUGCACUGGAAACUUCCAGUGUAGCACCACCUCCUGCAUCAGCAAGGUCAACCCAGAGUGUGACGGAGUCCCAGACUGCCCCAACCAGGCUGAUGAAAGAAACUGUGACUGCGGCGUACGUCCUGCGUUAGGCUCCCAAAGGAUCGUGGGUGGAGUAACAGCUCGAAGGGGGGAGUGGCCUUGGAUUGGCAGUCUCCAGUACCAGAGACUGCACCGCUGUGGUGCCACACUCAUUCACAACAAAUGGUUACUUACAGCGGCACACUGCUUCAAAAGUGACCCGAGUCCAACUCACUGGGCUGUGAGCCUAGGAUCGGUGCUGCGCUCUGGGGUAGGAGCCCUGGUCAUCCCCAUCCAGAGGGUCAUCAUCCACCCAGCCUUCAAUGACACCAACAUGGACCAUGACGUGGCUCUGCUGGAGCUGGCAGUCCAGGCCCCCAUGUCCUACACCAUCCAGUCCGUCUGUCUCCCCUCACCAGUGCACCGCUUCCUCAAGAAUGCAGAGUGCUACAUCACAGGCUGGGGAUCCAUGAGGGAAGGAGGUUCGUUGACCAACCUGCUGCAGAAAGCUGCAGUGAACAUCAUUGACCAGGCAGACUGUCAGCAGUCGUAUGGAAAUGUGCUGACUCCUAACAUGAUGUGUGCUGGUUCCAUGGAAGGAGGCAGGGACACCUGUUUGGGAGACUCUGGGGGGCCGCUGACCUGUCGUGAGCCCUCUGGCCAGUGGUUUAUUGCUGGAGUGACCAGCUGGGGACAUGGAUGUGGGCGAAUUGGUUUUCCGGGGGUUUACACGCGUGUGACGUCUGUCAGAAAAUGGAUAUCUACACACCUGCCUUUUUGAAGAGGCUAAAAAGGACCUGAACAUGCUAAACAUACACACUGGAUUUUCCUGACACAUCUCCAGAACAAUUGUACUGUACAAGGACCAAAGUUAAAAGCCACACAUAUACAGUAGUCUCCACAGUGUUGACCUGUGUGAACUACUGGUCAUAGGUGCUGUUUCUAAUACUGUGCAAUCAUCUGAACUGGGAUCAUCGUUUUUCUUAAUGUACUGAAGAAAUAAGAAUACUGGACUGUGGCUUAUGGACAUUCUACUAGCACAUGCAUGAUUUAAAGUAUUUAUUUCAGUUAUUUAUUGUUCUGACUGGUAAACUUACUGUACAUGGUGUAUUUUUUCAUGUUGUGUGGGGUUCAGAAUAUAUGUGGUUCAUUUA